CAUCAGGACUGAAUUCUUUUUAUGGAAACCGAAGCGACCGGGGAAGUCGCGGUCAUGCUGCCUCCGAAAAGCUGCCUCCCGAGGAACUACAGCUGCAUCGCAGGCUUGUUUGGGAGUCUGACCGCAAACCAGAAGAUGGACGACGGCGACAAAACGGAAGGCGAAGAGGAGGAAGAUGAGGAGAAGAAGGCCGUGAGCGGCGAGUGCGAGCCGUUAGAGAUGCGCGUCGUGGACGAGAGGCCGAGGGGCCGUGAAUCCCUCCCGAAGCCGCCGCCGAGUCCCGGCCAGCGCCGCCGGUGCAAAUCCUUACCGAGCUCCGCGGAGAGAGCCAAACUGGAAGUGGCGCGGAUCUGCAGCCCGUCCAGCCAGAAGAAAGUGCGCUUCGCCGACUCACUGGGUCUGGAGCUCAUCACCGUGCGGCACUUCGACGACACCGACGUGCCGGAAACACCCGACCGUGUCAUGGACAAGUUCAAAAAGGCGAGAGCGCUCCACCUGAACAACUUCGAGCACUCGAACGGGUACACGCAGUCCACCUUCGUGGAGACGCUGUUCACCAGUCCGGGCGCGCAACCCGACUUCCAGGAGCGGCUCCAGAGCGCCAAGGUGCUGCUGGAGUCCGUGGAGACGGACGAGUUCAGCAUCUCGGGGGUCGUGCGCGUCCUGAACCUGGCGUUUGAGAAGUGCGUGACUCUGAGGUACACGCUCAACAACUGGCUAACCUUCAUGGACGUGCCGGCCUCCUACGUGCUGCAGUCGAGCGACGGCAUCACCGACAAGUUCCACUUCAAGAUCGUCACGCCGGCGUUCUUCGACGGCAGCAGCAGCCUCCAGUUCGCCGUCCGCUACUGCGUCGGGACCGACGAGUUCUGGGACAACAACGACGGCAAGAACUACAGAGUGCGACGCCACAGGUUCAAAAUCUCACCUCCGCGCGAAUGGGAUAACGGCUGGAUCCACUUCAUCUAGAGCCACUGUCUGUGAUUAUGAUUAUAUGACCAUUAAGGCCUGCAUUGUAUCUGUGGAGCCUACACUGAAUCUCACAUGGCUCCACAUGUAGUGCACUGUACAGUGCGCGUAAUUGAUGUAUUCUCAUUAGGGAUGCACUUUUUCUUUUCCAUAUCAAAGCUCGGAGUAUCCUCUGAGACUGAUCUGAUUAAAUCAGCCCACAGUCUUGCACCAACUUGGGCUGAAUCCUGAACGGCUCAUACUGGUCAUAUAGGACACUAGAUAGAGUGGAGGAGUCGUAGGUUUAUAAUGCACCUACUGUUGAGUGCAAAAGUUUGCAUCCCCUAUUGGUUUCUUAUCUAGAAAUCCCAUGUUGGUAUAAUGAUUUUUUUUUUUCUUACUGAAACAUUAUCGAGACUGAGCCUAAAGCCGGCUGUUCACUGUGCGUCGUUUAAGAUUAUUACUUAAUCAUGAUUACUCAGUAAAAUCCUGGCAGAAAUCUGUAACAAACUGUGCAUGUCAGAUUAUACAAUCAAUCCUCUAACGUAGACCUGUGAUUAAAGAAAAUUACGUUUUCUGCAUUCUGCCCACGUCAUCAGUAAGCACAAUCCGGGCUCAUGCAGUGACUUUGAGAUGAUAAAGAUAUUAUUUCUGUCUGUUUGCAGGUUUAGUUUAUGUUCUGCCAUCACCACUGGCGUAUCUGUAGCUGUCCCAGGAGUUUGCAUCAUCCAGUGCCGUCCUCCUAUUGGUGGCUUUUAGAUGAGUGCCAUAGCAGCACUCACACUGUUUGUUGUUGGUUAAAGUGUCCAACACAAUUUUACAUCUUAUUUAAGGCAGAAAAUGUUAAAAUAGUCUUCAACUCCUAAGAGGUUACUAACUCAACUCCUAAGUAGUCACGUUAUGAGUCAGUGGGAGUGAAUAAAAACAGCAGAAGGCCAGAGAGGUCAGUAAAAUAAUCCAAACUAAACAGUGGGAGAUUUGGAAAAAGUCUUAGAAGCAAAUGCAAGUCCACAAAUAUAUAUAUAACUCUCCUAACCUACACUUCUCGGCUUAUAUGGGUACUGUAAAAACAUAAAAUCCUGACAUGCGUUAAAUGCCUUAUUGUUUUCCUCAUCCUCAAGCAGGGGAAUGCAAACUUUUGCACACAAGUGUAUAUAAAGUCUAAACUCAGCCAAGGUAUCUGACGUAUCUAAUAGCCUGCUAUUCUAUUUUACAGAGUGACUUCUGUGCUGAGUGACUUCCUGUUUUAGAUGAAAUGCACUGCUGUUGUGAAAGGUGAUGUGGCUUUGAGGCCUUGUGACAUGUUUUCGUCCGCGUACGUUGUGUGUACAGUCGUUCUCUUCCAUGAUACACAGCUAGAAAAGUGUGCAGAGCCUCAGUCCAUUUUACGCAUGGUGGGCAGAAUAUAUGUCAAUGCUUAUAAUAUAGCUAUGUAUACUCAUGCGCUGAUGACACAGUCAUUUAGAAAGGGCUAGGAAGAUAAAUCUGAGAAGAACACGACAGCUGGAGAGUCGCUCUAAUAAACCUGAUGAGAUGUUUAGUAAGAAUGAGUCAAGGGAGCAAGUGGAUGUCUUUUAGUGAAGCUCCAUACAUGAGGGAAGAACUGUCUUUGAGAUUACAUCACAAGACCUUUAACAUCAAUCGACUAUCUCCGGACUGAUUACUAGACUCUCAGAAUAACUGGAAAAGUUUAUCUCCUACACUCAACAACCUGUCCUGAAGUUUCCAUCUCAUCACAAGGCGAGGUAAGGGAUGGUUCCAGGGGAAAAUCGAAUUUGCAUAGAUUUUCCAUUCACUGUAAAUGCACUUGAUCAGCCAAGACACAUUUGCUUUCCUUGUUUUUGUUCCUUUACCGUUUCCACAUAAGAGCCAUGAGGCUAAAAGCAAGAGGAAGCUCAAUCAAGAAGCACCAAGCAAAAUCAUGCUGAACUCAUCACACACUCGCCAGCCUGGUCCAAUCACUGACCUCAGAUAACCUUGUGCAGGUUUUAGCAUAAAUGAUUACAUGUCUAUUGCAUAACUGUAGCCAGCUGAACAUAAAAUGAAUGAUUUUAAUUUUAUAUACAUUGCAAAAACAAACUUGUUCAGAUACUGAACACUAGAAAUAGCAUUAUGAAUGUAAGACUGAGAUUAUUUGACCCAAUUUUGUCAAGUAGGUUAAUUGUGUAAUGACUUCAGCAUUAGAUUUGCUUAGGGGCCAUAAACACCGACUUCCUGCAUAAGAUUGUGUAAAUUCGAUUUUAAAUGUUUAAUUUAAUUUAAUUUGUAUAAUUUCCGUCGCAUUAAACCAGAACACAAAGUGCCGCAUUCCCGAUGCAGUUAUCAUGCAGCUGUUAUGGCUAUAUACAACAGAGUGCAAAAGUUUGCACCCCCUUGGAGAGAAGGGGAAAAAGAACCUCAUGAUACGGUAACUUCAACACAACUAGAAGUUAAAACAAGUCCGAAACAAGUUUCAAAGACAAACCAACAAAAAACAGAUUGAAAAGAACUCAAAGAAAGAAGUGAAAAAAGUUUUGUGAUGAAUGAGGAAAUGCGUCACAUCUGAUAGAGUGACAUCAUGAGCCCUGUUUGGACGGGAUUAGUUUCACUGUGCGAUGUCUGUCAUACAUUUUUUUCACACGUCACAUCUGAGAUAACAUUUUUAAAAUGAAAUAGUGUGGGAGGGAUCAGAUGUAUUUAUUUAUUUAUUUAUUUAUUUGAGCAUCUAACCUUGGACGUUUAAGGAAUUUACAGUGAUGCACAGGCUCGUUCAUUUAUUUAUGGAAAUCUGAAUAUUGCAUGAUAUUGUGGUAUGUGUGAAUAUAAAGUGGUUUAUGACUGUACCUAAUAUUAUACCAGCCUCUUCAAUCAGCCUUCAGGAUCACGCUCUUCUGAUUGAUUUUGUUUUCUUGCCCCGGCUAAUGGACUCUCGAUGUAGGCAGCAUGGAGAUGGAGUUGUACGACCCAAAGCAACAAAGUCGUUGAGAGACAACUAAAAGCACUCAUGUUUUCAUGAUUGAGGAAGUAGACACGUCCGCUAGGUGACUAAAUGUGGCAAGUAGCAGCAGUCAAAAAAAGCCACGAAGAUAUCUAUCUGGACAGGACAAAAUUUAUCAGACCAUGUCAGAGUUGGUUAACAAAAAAAAAACAAAAAAAGUCAGUAAUUUUGUUUGUAAUUUUCUCAAACACUGACAAGGAAGUAAACUCGCAGAGGUUAUAGAAUUACUCCAGAUUUGCAUUGUAAAUUUAAUCCCGUCCAAAUAGGGCUAGAGAUGACAGGAAACCUGACAGUGUUAAAGUAAUUUCUUCACCUUUUCCAUUUUGUUGUAUUUUGUGCAAACUUUUGCACUCAACUGUAACCAUUAUGUAGAAGUAUUUAAGAAAAAAUAUUUAUAAUCAGUUAGGAUGGAUACAUCAUCCUUUAACCUGAGAGAAAUUUGUUCAGUAUCCAUAAAAUCAGGAUAUUCUGAAGAAACAGCAAUGCCUUGUCUAGAGAUGCUUUCUUCACGUGACAGGUUUACUCACGUGUUCAAACUGAACUCAUUCCGAGCCUUCUCUGCUUCACUUAACACCUGGAUUUCAUACCAAACACAUUUAUACUGUGAGAACUUUUCAACCGUUCAGAACAGCUGGAGUGCCUAUUCUUUCAGGUUCAAUGUAAAGAAAAAAAAGCAGAUUUUAUUUUUAUGCAGUAGAACCAAAUCUAGAUGUAUUUAUUGAGUUAAAAUAUAUCAUUCCUGUCCUGGGUGUGUUUGCUUGCAAAGUGUCGCAGUUUCAUUUUUGUAAAUAUUGUUGUAUUGUGUCAAGUCGUUGAUGUUAAAACUGUAGGAGAUGUAGCAUUUGUGCAGAUUUGGCUUUAAUCUGGUCGUGCUUCGUUCACAUUAUUUAGAAGCCUGCUUUUUUUUUCAACUUAACAAAGACUAAAUUUACGUAGUCUACUUCGUAUACUUGUUUUCAUGAGAACAGAAAGAGAUUAGAUUCACAUGAGAUUAGAUUAGAUCUGAUUACGAUGUGAGUAUUACCCGAUCGCAGAAGCUUGACGAUGACCUUUUUUCUGUUUUGUGAAGAUCAGACUAAAUCAAGAAGCUUUCACCUGUCAGAACCGUCACUGCACCUCUCAGAGGUCAUGUACACCGUGUACACACUUUAAAAUCAAUUUCUACAAAUUUCUCAGUCUAGCAUGUUAGUGAAAAAAGAUUCACCUGUAGCUGAACAGUAACCUGAAGAUUAUCUUUGCACAAAGUUUAGUACCUGAUUGUGAAAUUGGAUACCAGGCACUUGCAGGAUGUUUUUCUUUUCCAUUAUUUAAUAAUGCAUGAAAUUUCCCAGAGCUAAAGCACACUGCUACUGAUAGAGAAACACAAAAGGAACGAGGGGGAAGUAGAUUCAAGGUACGAUAACAACGUGGACUCACAAAAAUUCGUAGCAAGUUGCAUGACUCGAUUCGUAUCAAACUUAAGAAGCUUAAUGUUACAGUUAGGGGCUCUGUUAGCUUCCGAACUUUUUCUUAAGGCUUGAUUUGUAUGAAAUCAAAUGAAAUCCAGCCAUCACCCUUAUAAAAUGAUUUUGUGCCAAUGGGAAUUGAAUUCUGUUUGAAGCUGUAUUAUUGUGUAAGACGAAACUAAAAAUUUAGUUACCAGAACAAUCUUAAGUACAAAAUUCAUUCACAUUUUCGAGACACGACACAUUUAAAAUUCAAUUCAACUCACUAAAGCUGAAAUUACUUAAGAUUUAGAAAUUUCAGUAACCACAGAUUUAUAAGCAGAUAUUCCAGCUAUAAAAUUGAAUUUGGAUGAUAAUUAAAAUUCACUUUGACUUUAUGUUAACUUCAAAAUGAAGCAUAAAAUUUUUUUUAAUAAAAAUAAAAAAUUCAUUGGCUGAAUAAGGGUUUUACAUGGAACCCUUUCUGAUAGAGAAACUCUGUCACAGGGUUCUACGCAGAAGGGUUCGAACAUUUCUUAGAGUUUAAUGGCACAAAAAUCAUUUCAUUUGCGUGCAUUUGUUUAAUUUUGUUUAAGACGACGUCGUCAGAUUUCCUCUGAAAUUGAAAUCUAAUUUGUGUCGUUGUUUAGGCUUGAAUACAUACUUGAAUACAAUUUAUUCAUUUUCUUGGUAGUUAUUUUGGAGUGUUUAUGUACACUGUGUGUUACCCAUAAUGCACUUUAAGAGUACGCGUAAUUCAGCUUUAAACCUGACACUCCAAUAUGGUACUUUUUUUUUUUAGAUAUUUUGGCUGUUUAGUUUUAAUUACUUACGCACCCAAUUGGUCAAGUUCAACAAAGCUCUGUCAUUUUUUUUAGCUUGUUUCGCUUUAAAAUUGAGAAAUGACUACAAGCAGCCAGUGGAUUUGCACGUGUAACAUUGAAAUAAUUGUGUAAUAAAAUAAUAAACCAUAGUUAGCGGUAUUAACUGCGUCCUGUAGCUAAACAUGUCCUAGUCAGUUUCCUCUAAUGUUAGCACUUAGGAUUUAUUUUAAAGCAGAGCUCCUCUCUCCAGCACUAUAGUAUAUAUUUAUACAGUGCAAUAUUUGUGGCACAUCCAUUAAUUGGCACUUUUUCAAACCCGAACUUUACCCGAAUGCCAUAUUUUCAGCAAUACACCCACACACACAGAAUUGCAAUAAACCCUCAGUGCUUAAAAUGUGAAAAACUGGUUUUAUUUUGUGAUGCUAUUUGCAGUAGUGAGAAUCGAAUGAAAUGCGUAGGUGAGGUUAAAGCCAUGACAUUGUGCUGGAAAUGUGAAAUGCAAGUUUAACCUUUUGAAACGUCGGGGUCGUGACGUACCGCAGGGUAUUCAGUGCUGGAUUUUGGUUUGUUAUGUUGUUAUUUGAGAGCUAUCGAUUGUAAUUGAUCUGAGAUGUGUGUAUUUGUCACAUAAAAUCCCUGCUUCUUUGUUGUUUUUUUCUGUUAUUUAUAAAGUUUAACUCCUGUGGUCCUGCUUUACAUUUUCCAUGCCACGAAGUGUGUCUUCCUGUUACUCCGAAUGAAUUAUUUUCAUAAAUACUCUAUAAAAUGGACAGAGACUUUACUGAGUAAUUAAAUAGUGUAUAUUUAUGGAACUCAGAGAGUUUAUAUGGGGUGAAAAAAUUAUUUAUUUCCUGAAAAAUACACUACCAGACAAAAGAUUGGACAUAUUAACUAUGAAUAUAUUUUUCAUUGUCUUAUGUCUUAUAUGAUAAAAGAUUACGGUUGAAAUUUGUUUCUAAGACAACUGUAAAUAGUGAAGACUAUAAAGUGUAUAAAAUCCUGUAAAGUUAUUUCUGUAUCAAAAUGUAUUUUUUAAAAGGAGAUUUUAUUUAAACCAAGGAGAAGUUCCUUCACGAUGCAGGUUGAGAAGACGCUGAGUGUGCAAAGCUUCAUCAGGAAUACUGUUAGGAAUUAAAAUAUAAAAGUUGUAGUUUCUUAACAUUUUAAUUUAGGGUUUGGUAGUAAAUUAUUUAUAAGCAAGUACUACAUAGUUUAUUAAUUAAAGAUUGCUUUAAAAUCUAUAGAUUUGUAAAUCUAUGAGGAAACAUUGGAGCAAUACAAUGGAGCAAUACAACUUUUCCUUUUCCCAUACCGAAUCUGAAUCCUCAAGUAUCAGCCGAUAUUAAUACUCAUUCAGGACUUUUUUUCUUUAAAAUCUACUAAACUUUAAAAUGAUUUUAAAACUGAAACACUUUAAAUAUACAGGAAAAAAUACAUAGCUAAAAACACGACUUGCGCAAAACCGCAGCGUUCUUGCAAAAAUCAUGUAAUAUGGUAAAAAUUAUAAGUAUAAAUAUAAUAAAAAUCAAUUCUAACAAAAAAAUACAAUCAAGUUUCUUAAUAUGCGAACAAUUACAGUUAAAGAAAAAAACUUUUCCCAAAUCCAGUUUGUUACAGGAUCUAAUUAAUUCACAUGAAAGUAAAAACAUCGCAGGAUCAAAUUAAAUCCUUUUUUCUCUCUGAUAUCUGAUCCACCGGUUUUUGCUGGUAUCGAGGUCAAAAAGGUCAUUUAUUAAAAAAUUAAGCUACAGUUUUACACUUAAUUAAAACUAUGCCUAAUUUAUUACUAAAUUAUGCUUUUAUUUUAUUAAUAAAAUGCACAAGAAAUGCACAAACCUUAAGUUAAAAUGUUAACAACUCGAUCGCUGCGUAAUCCCAUAUACAUUAUUUUAUAGCGUCUUCAUUAUUAUUCUAAAAGACAACAUUUUAAAAAAAAAUUAAAAAUGAAGUCCCAACUUUUGACUGGUAGCGUGUAUAUAUAUUUCCACUGUGGUUGACUGUGUAUUUUUUAUGUCGUUGUAUAACGUUGUGUAGAUUAAGAAUCUGGUUUAAGAUUAAAUUCAAGGCUUCAUUAACUACAAAUUUGACUCUCAGAUGAAUGUAAUAUUCAGGUUGCGUGCUAGAAAAAUGCAAGCUAAAGAAGAACAAAUAAUGUUAAGGGAUGUAUUUGUAUCCAGGCAUUGAAAAUGUAAAUGAUUAGCUUUUUUUUUUUACUCACAAUACACGACAAGCUCACGUUACACCAUGCUGCGUUUCCAACGACCUUUUUUUUUUCAAUCUGUAACAGCAAUGUAUGUCCUUUAUGAUUGUAAACAUCAUGUCUGCAACAAGUAAAAAAAAGUCACUAUGCUAUUAUGUAACAUUAGCAGUGCAGUGAUGUUUGGGAUUUUCGGACAGCCGUGCACAUUGCACAUAGAUUUAGUGAAACACCAUGUCACAUGACCUGCUGAGAGCCAAUGAUAUGUAGACUGUAUGUUAUGAUAGACAUAUGAUAAGCAGAUGAGACUACUUGUUCUUUUAAUGGCAGUAUAGAUGAAACAUAGCCAUAUGCCACUGAAAAGUGUUAGAAUAUUUUUUUUUAUUUCUGGAAGUUUAUUUAAAAUACAUAUAUAUAAAUAUAUAGUUUUAGGGCAAAAGCUUUAAAGCUCCAAGCGUCUUUAGAUUUGCUCUGUUCAUUGAUUUAGAUCUAUGCAAAUCCUGUCUUUCCAUUCUGUGUCAGUGUUCCAAGGUGUUGGUCAUUUUGUUUUAAAUGAAGCUAGUAAAAAUGAUGUAUUCUCACUGUU